UACACCAGCGGUACGACCGGAAACCCGAAGGGCGUGAUGCUGACGACGAAAAACCUGCUCAGCGGCCACAAAAACCUGAUCGCCUUUGAUGAGGAGCUCCAACAGGUGGCCGGAACGUCCAUUCUGAACAGCCGCUAUCCGGCCUACCUUCCGAUGGCCCACCUCUACGGCUACGUCAUCAACCACGGCCUCUUCGUCUCCAAAGCCCGAAUCGGCCUCUGUUCGCCGCUGACGAUGCUGGAGAGCAGCCCGGGAAAUGUUCCCGGCCAGGUGGCCGAUUUCGCCCUCAUCAAGCCCAACUUUAUCGGCGGCGUUCCGCUAGUGCUGGAUCGAAUCCUCAAGGAAAUUUACCGAAAACUGGAAGCUCGGAACGCCUUUGCCCCGCUGCUCUUCACCUACCUGAUGGACUAUAAGAUACGGUGGACAUCUCGAGGCUACGACACGCCCAUCAUCAACAAGGUCGUCUGUCAGCGGAUCAACGAUCAGUUCGGCGGACAGCUGCAAACGAUCAUCUGCGGUUCGGCGGCGCUGAAUGAACGGACGCAGGCGUACAUUCAGGCGGCGCUCAAUUUGAAGCUAAUUCAGGGCUACGGAACUCCAGUUGUUUUCAAAGGCACCGAAAUGACCGCCGCCUCUCACCUGAUGGCGCCCAGCGACCUGAACUACGGCGAAUGCGGAACGCCGCUGCUCACCUUCAAGUUCUACCUGAAGGACUGGGCCGAGGGAGGCUACUACACCACUGAUAAGCCCAAUCCUCGCGGAGAGAUUGCCGGCGGCGAUUGCAUCACCGCCGGCUACUACCACAUGCCCGAGGAGACGGCAGAGUGCUACAAGGUCGACCCGGACGGAACGCGGUGGUUCGAAAGCGGCGACAUCGUCGAGGUGCUGCCCGACCGGACGCUCAAAGUCAUCGACCGGCGGAAGGACCUGACCAAGCUGUACAAUGGCGAGUUUGUGUCGCUGGGAAAGAUCGAAUCAGGCCUGCGCUCCUCGCCCGUCGUCGAGAACAUCUGCGUCUGCACGCACCCGCACAGCAAUCACGUGACGGCGAUUGUGUCGCCGAAUCGGCGCGCCCUGGCUGAUCUGGCCGCCAGCCUAGGAAAGUCCCGAGAGCUCAGCAGCUUUGAGGAGCAGUGCACCGACCCGGACAUCAUCGCCGCCAUUCUCCGGUCUUUCGAUGAGAUUGGCCAGAAGCUGAGCUACUCGAGGAAGGAGCUGCCGGUGACGAUCACCCUGGUGGAGGAGGAGUGGUCGCAGGAUAAUGGCCUGUAA